UAAAGCCGCUGGGUCGUGCCAGUGAUGGGCGCCGGUGAGUGAGGGGAGGACGCAGCGGUUCAUGGUGCUGGCCCAGUUAUCUCAUCAUGUCUCUCAUAAUUGACGCCUUAAUCACUUUCUGCGAUGUCACCACAAUAGGACUCUGUGGUUUCAACAAGGUACCACAGAUUAUUAAACUGGCCAAAGAGAAGUCUGUGAAAGGCUUAAGCUUGGCAAGUAUUCUACUGGAGUUAACAAGUUACUCCAUCAUGUUCAGCUAUAAUGUGUACUCUGCUUAUGCCCUCACUACAUAUUUUGAGUAUCCGUUAUUAAUCGUACAAGAUGUGGUGAUGCUAACAUUGUUUCUGGCAUUGUCUGGUCGGCUUUCACCAGUUGAAAUUUUACCUGUUGCUGCUCUACCCUGUUUUGCAUAUUCUAUUGCAUCUGGCACACUUCCUAACAGCCUCAUAAAAACGUUGGUGGGUAUGUGUACACCAAUAUCAGCCAGCAGCAAGGUGGUUGCUUUGUUAGCCAUCAUUCGUUCCAAGAAUUCUGAGUCGGUAUCUAUUCCAACCUGGUGCAUCUCUUCUUACACAAGUAUCACACGGUUGUUCACAAUCUACGUGGAGUCAGCAGACCCUGCACUACUGAUGAACUUUGGCACUUCCUUUGUUCUCAACACACUCAUUAUCAUUGUUGCUAUCAUCUACAAGCCUAGAAAGAAGGUGGAUUAAGGCAUUUCAAAGAAGAAAAUUUUAUUCCAAGAAAGUUCAAAGUGAAUCCCCACAAGAUGAAGACCACAUUUUUAUAAUGGUAAACUUAGCCAGUAUAUAGUAAUUCAUUCAAGAUAAUUGAACUAUAUAAUUCCUACUGUACUGAAAUGUUUUUGUUGCAUUUAUAAAGUCAGUACAAUACUGGAUUGUAUACUUGUUGCAAGAAGCUGUGUAAUGUGCCGGUAGCAAACAUAGUUUGUGACAAUAACUGGCAUUGUUUCUUACUGUCAGUUCUCAGGUUAUUUAAUACAUUCUAGAUAACUACAGGAUGGUUGUGAUCACACACACCAUAUAACAUGUUACGUGUGUGUUAUGGUGCCAUAAGCAUUUGUACAUUAUAAUUUUUUAUGCAAGAUUUAGAUAUUUUAAUUUUAAAGCCAGUGGCUACCAAGUUAGUUUUCACAGAUUUAUAAGUCCAUCGUGUUAAGUUGAAAUAAUAAUGACAAUAAAUAAUGACAAUACUGUAUACAUACAGUUCAUCCAUUUUAUAAUAUUUGUUUUUUUACAUGUGUAUAGUAUUUUUCAGAGCAAUCAUGUAGUACAGUAUUUGUUUUUUGUAAAUACUGUAGGUAAUAAAAAAAUAAUUGAAUACACAGUA